AGUGAGUUUAUACUUUUUUUUUCUUUUUUUUUUUUAACUGUUCCUGUGGUGUUGAGCAGCCACAAUUCAUUUUAAUCCUAUAAUUUUAUAUUAUAAUGUAUUUAAAGUGAAUAAAUUGUAAUGCAAAAUAAAUAAAAUAGCUAAAGUAAAUCGUAAGUGGAAGUGCAUCUGUCAAUUCUGUCAUGAGCAUACAUCAGCAAUUACACAUGUUUAGGGGAAUAGAGCAUUAUUAAUAUACCAUGUAAGGUGGUACUGUAUGUGCUAGAAAUAGGUAAACCACUAUCAGUGAGUCUGUCCAUGGGGUGGGGGCACCACCGCUCAAGGCAGUGUCCCACAUUGUCCCUCAGAAACGUUCCCCUUGUCCCCCCUUGGGCUUAUUAGCAGGUGGUCACCCUACACGCAUAUUAUAGUAGAAGUGCAAAAAUGAAAGCGAGAAAAGUCCUCUUGUUAUUAUGUCUCAAUCCUGGGCGUCUAAACGAACAUUUCAAUCUUGGCCUGACCGCGAAGUGUUUUUUUUUUUUUUUUUUUUUGGCCCCGCUUUGGUUCACAACAGAUGAGUCAUGGCAGUACGCAGUUAGCACGGACUGAAAUUCACUCGUUCUUGGCAGUUCUUGGACCGUUGCUUUUCCUUUUAACUACCUGUGAAAUUGCGUCGCUAUUAUAUCUGAAGAACCGACCGGUUUAUAAUUCAGAAUCUGCAUUCAUUUACCGCGGAUAAUUUUUUUUAAAAAUGAGGCUUCUCUGUAAUUCGCUUGCAGGGAUGUUGUUUUUACUCGACCACGUUGCAUCUGGUGUUGGAUCAGAUAAACUGUCGGUGUCAGUGAUGGAGGGAGAUUCAGUCAUUUUUCACACUGGUGUUGACACAAACCAACAAGAAGAUAUUAAAUGGUAUUUCAGUGACACUCGCAUCGCUCAGAUCAGUGGAGAUCUCAGUUUUAUCUGUACAGAUGUUCAGUGUAAUGAAGGGACUGAGAGAUUCAGAGACAGACUGAAGCUGGAUCAUCAGACUGGAUCUCUGACCAUCAUGAACAUCACAAACACUGACUCUGGAGAAUAUAAACUGAAGAUCAUCGGUAUCACCAGCAGCAUUGAAAAAGCCUUCAAUGUUAAUGUCAAAAGUGUUCCUGCUGCUGAACGAGAUGAAGUGAAGACAAACGAGGGAGAAUCUGUCACUUUAGAUUCUGGUGAAAGAAGAAAACCAAAUGAUGUGUUGACAUGGUUUUUUAAUGACACUCUCAUCGCUCGAAUUACUGGUGAUCCCAAUAAAACCUGUACAGAUGUUCAGUGUAAAGAUGAUGAAGAGAGAUUCAGAGACAGACUGAAACUGGAUCAUCAGACUGGAUCUCUGACCAUCAUGAACAUCACAAACACAGACUCUGGAGAAUAUAAACUGAAGAUCAGUAGCAGCAGCAGUUUAAGUAUCACCAGAGAGAAGAGAAUCAGUGUUAAUGUCAUUGACUCAGGGUUAUCUUCAGCUGCUGUAGCAGGAAUAGUUGUUGUUCUGCUUGCAGCCGCAGCUCUGAUUGCUGGUUUGAUUUACUGUCGCCCAAUGAGAUCUAGAAGAGCACCACAGCAUAAGCAAAUAUUCACCAAUGAUGUACUGCCAUGGUCACAACUCCCAAAUAAAGUAAAUAGAAAUAAAAAAUGGCAAUACAACAAUUCUAGCAUUAAAAACUCAGAUGUGGUGCAAAAAUACUUCAGAUUUUCAAAUGUGUAUUGUUGUAAAUCACAAAAGAUGACAGCUUGA